CAUAAUGAACGGUGUAAUUCUGGGUGUAAUUUGUAAAUACGUGAAACAAUUACACAAAUUAAUUUACUGAAUUAUUCCAAUAAUUUAAUUAAAAACGGAUUGAAUAGGCAUUGUUUAUUUCAUUUGCGUUUUACAGCUUUAUUUAUAUUGUGAUAAUGUCGGACGACGAGGUUAUACGUUUUGAAAUUACGGACUACGAUUUGGACAAUGAAUUCAACCCCAAUAGAAGUAGGAGAGCCAAAAAAGAGCAGCAAAUUUACGGUGUGUGGGCUAAGGAUAGUGAUGAAGAAGACAACGAGGACAAUGUCCGAAAGAGGACAAGAAAACCUAAAGACUUCUCCGCGCCCAUUGGUUUUGUGGCUGGUGGAGUCCAACAGGCUGGCAAGAAGAAAGAAAAGAAAGAAUUAGAACCAGCAGAGCCUUCAACAUCUCGUCCAAAGUUUGCAGCAAACAGUUCAGAUGAAGAACAGUUAGAAGAGCCGGAUGAGAGCGAGACUGCGGGCAUCAGGAGACAGGGGCAGGGCAUGCGCCCCCCCAACCUCGGCGGGAAUGUUGGCACAUGGGAGAAGCAUACAAAGGGUAUCGGAGCCAAGCUGCUGCUACAGAUGGGGUAUCAACCAGGCAAAGGUUUGGGUAAAGACCUGCAAGGUAUUUCGGCGCCAGUUGAGGCUACCGUCAGAAAAGGUAGAGGGGCAAUUGGCGCGUAUGGACCGGAGAAAUCGACACAAAAGGCUAAGAAAGAAGAAGAGCGUCGUCUGAAAGAGAAAGAAGACCAGGAUAAAGACAAGAGAGAGAAGACGUACAACUGGAAGAAGUCUCACAAGGGCCGAUACUUCUACAGAGAUGCGGCCGACGUUAUACAAGAGGGUAAACCCACGAUGCAUACUAUAGCCAGCAGUUCGCUGUCGCGCGUGCCGGUGAUCGACAUGACGGGCAAGGAGAAGCGCGUGCUGAGCGGCUACCACGCGCUGCGUGCGCAGGCGCCGCGCUACGAGCACGAGCCGCGCCGCAAGUGCGACAACUUCGCCGCGCCGCAUCUGCUGCACAACCUCGAGCUCAUGGUCGACUGCUGCGAACAGGACAUAAUCCAAAACGCUCGAGAGCUUCGACAAGCAGAAGACGAGAUAGUGGUGCUAGAGCGGGAUCUGGAAGAAUGUAACAUCAAACUCAAAGACCAUGAUGAAGUGAUCUCUAAAGUGGAGGUUAUAUUGAAGAAGGUCGAGGAACUGAACAAGCCCGACGUCUCGCUGGAAACGGCGUAUGAAGUCCUCGCUGAUUUGAAGGAAUCAUUCCCACUAGAAUAUGAGAUGUUCGGUCUGGGCACGAUAGCUGGUAACAUAAUCAGUCCGCUGUUCAGUGCGAUGCUCGCCACCUGGGACCCGUUGCAAGCUCCAGAGGACCCGAUACCGACCUUCCUCAAAUGGAGGAAACUGCUCACCGAGGAGGCGUACAACAGUCUUAUAUGGCAGCACUAUGUGCAGCAUAUUAACAAUGCUGCUGAGAGUUGGAACCCGCGCGUGCCGGCGCCGAUGGUGCGCGCGCUGACGUCGUGGGCGGCGGCGUGCCCGGAGUGGGUGCUGACGUCGUGCGCCGCGCGCUACAUCGUGCCGCGCGUGCUGUGCGCCGUGCGCGCCUGGGACCCCACGAGCGACGCGCAGCCGCUGCACCACUGGGUGCUGCCGUGGCACGACAUCGCAGGGUCGGCGCUGGCGACGAGCGUGUACCCGCUGAUCCGCUCGCGGCUGGCGGCGGCGCUGGCGGGCUGGCACCCGGCGGACGCGUCGGCGCGCGGCGUGCUGGCGGCGUGGCGGCGCGCGUGGGGCGGCGCGCUGGCGGCCGUGCUGCACCACCACGUCGCGCCCAAGCUCGAGCACUGCCUGCAGCACCACCCCGUGCACCUCGUCGGCGGCGACAACACGGCAUGGCAGUGGUGUGUGGACUGGUUGGACCUGCUGGGCGCGCCGACGAUAGCCGCCAUCGCGAGCCGCGCGUUGUUGCCGAGGUGGCUGGCCGCGCUGGCCGCCUGGCUCAACACCAACCCCACGCACGCCACCGUGCUCAACUCCUACACUGAGUUCAAGAAAAUGUUCCCUGAAGAAGUACUCAAGGAGCCGGCAGUACGUGACGCAUUCCGCAAAGCCCUAGACAUGAUGAACCGAAGCACUGACUUGGAGGCAGUCGAGCCGCCCCCACCACCGCGUUUCACCGUCGACGCGAAAGAAACCACCAGGAUCUCAGAGGUACUAGCGUCGGCCAGCCAACAGAAGAGUUUCUCCGAGUUAUUAGAAUCUAGAUGCAUAGAAAAGGAGAUAACCUUUGUACCCAUAGCCGGCAAGACGAGGGAAGGACGCCCGAUAUACAAGAUAGGCAAUCUGCAGUGCUAUGUAAUUAGAAAUGUUAUUAUGUACUCGGAUGAUAGUGGACGGACCUUUAUGCCUAUAAGUAUGGAUAAGUUGCUGCAAUUGGUUGAGGAAUAAAUUAAAUUAUUUAAA